AUGUCGAAAACGAUGCGAGCGAUUAUGUGUCGCGAACCGUGGGAUUAUCGUCUCGAAGAGGUUCCGAUGCCUGAGGCGGGGCCCGGUGAAGUUGUCAUUAAGGUGAGCGCAUGCGGGGUCUGCGCGAGCGACAUUAAGUGUUAUACAGGCGCGCCGCUUUUCUGGGGUGAUGAACACCGCAAACCGUAUGUGGAGGCACCCGUCAUUGCCGGACACGAAUUCGUCGGUGAGGUCGUGGAGCUCGGUCCGGGGGCUGGUGAGAAGUAUAAACUUGAAAUCGGUGAUACGGCUAUCGCAGAGCAGAUAGUUCCGUGUUGGGAGUGUCGGUAUUGUCGAACUGGGAAGUAUUGGCUCUGUCAAGUCCACAACAUCUACGGGUUUCAACCGGUCGUCAACGGUGGUAUGGCAGACUAUAUGAAGUUCCCGGCACGCUCGCUUGUCUACAAAGUGCCUUCUGAGAUUCCGACAGCGAGUGCAGCGGUGAUUGAACCGCUCGCUUGUUCUAUUCACGCCGUCCAACGAGGAAACAUUGAGUUCGGUGAUGUUGUUGUGGUUGCAGGAGCAGGGACGCUCGGACUCGGUAUGAUCGGUGCAGCGAAGUUGAAAAACCCUGGUGUGCUUAUCGCUAUUGAUCUGAUGCCGAAACGGUUAGAGGUUGCCAAAAAGUUGGGAGCGGAUAUUGGAAUCAACCCCUCGGAAACGGAUGCAGUCCAAGAGGUAUUAGAUCUCACGGAGGGUUACGGGUGCGAUGUCUACAUUGAGGCAACGGGACAUCCGAAGGCGGUUGAGCAAGGGCUACACAUGAUUCGGAAGGCAGGCACUUUCGUCGAAUUCAGCGUCAUGCGGGAGCCGGUAACAGUGGACUGGACGAUCAUUGGUGACACGAAAGAGUUGAACAUCCACGGUUCGCACUUGGGUCCGUAUGCGUAUCCGCUGGCGAUUGAUUAUAUCCAUCGCGGUUUAAUCGAGGUCGAGCAUAUUGUGACACAUCAACUGCCGUUGACAGACUAUCUCACGGGAUUCGAGAUGGUUCAGAAAGGGUCGGAUUCGAUUAAGGUGCAGUUGGUGCCGUGA